UGCGGAAGCACAGGGAGAGUGGCUGACUGUUCUGUUCUCUUGUUGUGAUGUUCUUGGUUGUUGUUCGCUUUCAACUGUUGCGUUUCUGUCACCCCUACAACCCCAGUUGACAAACAUGAUGUCUAGUGUCUCUGGAGUUUCCAGAUUUUGAUCAUGUAAUAACUAUGUACAUGGAAGGUCACUGAGAAAAAAUGGAGGAAUUUCUGAGCACGCUCCGUGAUCAUGAUGUCAGCUCUGUCCUGUCAUCCUGUGAGCCAGAAUUACAGGAGUUGAUGCGGCAGAUUGACAUCAUGGUGGGGCACAAGCGGCGUGAGUGGGAAGCUGAGGUUCGAGCCAUGGAGCUGCGACUGCAGAAUACACAGGAGGAACUCCAGUCAGCCAGGGCUCUGCUCGACAAGAGGAGCUCAGAGACGCUUAGGGUGAGAGAAGUGAUGAUGUCCCUGCUGGAGCUCCAGGAUGGUGGUUUCCAAAUGUUGAAGUUGGUAGUGGAAAAGGGAAUACAGCAGAUCAAGGUGCUCGGGAAACAGCUAGAUGAGAUGCAAGCUGGAAAACAAGAGCUGGUUGUAAAGUAUGAAGAACAGCUGCAGCAUGUAAAAGAUGAGUUGUCUAAAUUGAAACGCAGCUAUGAAAAGCUACAGCAUAAACAUCUGAAGGAGGCGCGAGAAGGAGCUCUGAGCAGAGAGGAGGACAGGACUGAGAUGUCCCUCCUCAAUAGCAAGAUGGAGGAGUUUCGUCUGCGUUCAGCAGAAUGGGAACAGCAGAGAAUGCAGUAUCAAAGACAAGUGACCUCACUGGAGGAGCAAAGGAAGAACCUGGCUGAACAGUUUUCCCUCAUUCAGUCUCAGGGUGUAGGUCGGUCGCAGGAGCAGGGGGAACUCCAGCGGUUGCGCUCUCAGCUGCAGAGGGCUCAGGACAGUCUACAUACGCAAGAACUGGAACUGGAGAGACUUCGGCUGCUCCAGGAUGAGCUGGGAGACUCCAUCAAGGAACAGCAGGUCAGCUGCCCCGCUGCAGCCCACAAACGGGGACAGGUUUUGAGUGAAGAGCGAGAGGAGCUGAAGGCCACACUGAAUGCUCAGGAUCAGUUUGUACGUAGCACGGGAGUCCAGCAGCAGCAGUUACGCCGGGAAGUGUCCCGACUCAACCAAACUCUGCAAGCAAAAGAGCAAGUCAUAAGGUCUCUAGAGGAAUGUUUCGCAUCACACGGUUUGUCUCCAAGCUUGGCCUCCCUUAGACAAGAUCUAGAGAAAGCCACAGCCAAGCUGAACAGUUCCCAGGCCUGUGAGAGUCACUUGAAAGCUGAGGUUAUCCGACUCCGAGACAAGUUGGAGAGCAUGCGAAAGCAUAAAGCAGAGAUGAGCAGACGAGAAAAUGAGUGGAAACAGAUGGAAGAGGAACACGCUCGCUGUUCAGCCGAAAUCAAACGUUUGCGUGAAGAGAUUGAGAGGGCCGAACAGACUCGUUGUGGGGAGUUGGAGGGAAUGAGGAAGGAGGUGUCUCAGUUAACCAGUGAACUUCAUCAGCGUGACAUCACCAUUGCCACACUCACUGGCUCCGCCUCUAGUAUUGAGCGACAGCUACGGGCAGAAGUGGAAAGAGCAGAGCGUCGGGCAUCAGAACUCAAGGUGACACAGGUCCAGCUUGAAACUCUAAAGCUUGAGAAUCAGCAUCUAAAUGAUCUUCUAGAGAGAGUCGAGUCAAGAUCACCUAAGAGGGGUAAUGGAGAACUGGCAAGUCUUAGAGAUAGCUACGUGUCAUCUCUGAACAGUUUGGAGGAGGAGAACAGGCAGCUGAGGCUGGAAAUGACUGAGCUACGAGCUCGUAUGGAGGCCAACAACCAGACCUGGCAGGACAAGUAUGAGAGAGCGUUACUACAAAAUCAGAACAAGAACCAUUCGCACAAUGCCCAAAACAGUUCUGUAAUGUGCUGUCAUAGAUUUGAUGAGGAUGUACAGCGCAGACACCAGGAGGAGCUGCAGGCCAUGGAGACUCGGAUGCAGGAAAGAGCCUUGCAAUACGAGGACCAAAUACAGACUCUCCUCAAACAGCUUGAGAACCUGGCACGAACUUCCCCUCAUCGCCCCUAUGGCCAAUCACAUGAGACCAGGAUGGCUGUGUCUCCAGUCCACUCGUCUGCAUCAUCUGCCUCAUCCUCAUCUUCAACUCGUAAAGCUCAUAGGAUGGCAGCUCUGCUCAGUGCGGCGGUUAAUGGAGAAGACGCUCAAGCUUCCAGCUCGGUAGACAACUUUCUGCCUUUGGACUCCACUGUAUCUCCAAAUGGCUCAGUGACCAAACGGUUUCUAGAGGAGGAAGCGCUACGGUCUCAAGAGCUGCUUCAGAAACUGGAAGGUCACAUUCAGAGCAUGGAGCAGGAAAACGCCAACACCGUCUGCAAAUACCUGGGCAAAGACAGCAGCCCUCAAAACGAUCACUGAGUCCAAAGUGCCUUGACCUGUACCUGUAGAGAUAUAUACAGGUCAUGACAUCUCCGCAUGGCCAUUUUUAUUUGAGAGGGAGAAUGGGUUUUGGCAGCUAGUUGGGAUUCAUAGUUGCUGCGAGAUAAUUGGACAAGACCCUUGUUACACCAGGGCAGCUCGACAAAAAAAUGCCACCAAAAGCAGUGCCAAAACUUUUGUCCCAAAAGUGCUGAAUAGCUCCAAGUUUAUUGCACUAGUAAAGGAAAGAACAUGUGCACGCUCCCUUUUUCACUGUACCUUGACCUUUGACCUUUCAAAUGGCCUAUUGCAUCUACCGUCAUCAUCUGUUUGUGCACUUUAGACAUAUCUGUUUUGUUUUUGCUGUGCCUUUUUCUCACUUUCCUUUCUUUAUUAUAUAAUCAAUAUUUAUAUACAUACAGUAUCUUUUUUGUAAACCUAACUGACAUGAUUGUGAAGAACGUAUGUUUUAAGGGUUGAAUUAAAAGAGAUUGUUUUCAUA